AUGGAAGAAGAUAAUGAAACACCAUCCUCUUCGACUUUAAAGUCAGCAAGUAAGGAAAGAAAAUACGUGCAAAAAUUUAAAACUUCUUGGCUGGAGCAUCCUGAUUUUAAGACUUGGCUGAAGAAAUCUGAUAAAGGUGAGACAAAAGCUUACUGUAAAAUAUGCGAUUGUGAUCUUGUAUGUGGAAUGUCCGAAUUACUUAAACAUAAAAACAGUGCUAAACACACCAAAAAGAUGGCUGUUAUUUCGCAAUGUGGAAGAAUGUCAACUUUUUUGAACAAAAAUCAGACGCACGCUACUAAUGUAUUAAAAAUGGAAUUAAAAAUGUGCGGCUUUCUUGCGAAACAUGAUCUACCAAUUUCUUUAGUCGAUGAUUUUGUAUCGCUGUUGCGAAACUUGUUUCCGGAAUCGAAAUGUUUAGAUGACGUGCAUCUAGGAAAACAAAAAGCAACAAAUAUUUUACGUCAAGUCACAGGAGCGACAUAUAAACAAGAAGUGAUUGAUAUCAUGAAGAAUAGCUAUUUUAAUAUAAUAAUAGAUGAAACAACAGAUCUGUCUGUGAAAAAACAGUUGGCUAUUAUUAUAACAUUUUUUAAUAGUUUGACAAAAAAAGUAGAAUACAGAUUUUUUGAUUUGAUAGAUAUGAUUGAUGGAACGGCAAAAGGUAUCCUCCAAACAAUAAAAGGAAGUUUUUCAAAACAUGAAGUACCUCUUGAUCAUGUCUUCGGACUUACAUCAGAUACGACGAACGUAAUGAUGGGAAAGCACAAUUCAGUUCAGGCUUUACUAAAAACCGAAAUUCCACAUCUGGUCGUUAUAGAGUGCUCAUGCCAUUUAAUACAUCUCGCCACAUCAUAUGCCUCCCGUAAACUACCUAAAAAUUUAGAAGAUUUGUGCCGUAAUAUACCUGCAUAUUUUCAUAUGAGCCCUAAGCGAACAGAAGCACUCAAACAGUUUCAGGAUUUUCUAAAAAUUGACCAACAUAAAUUACUUUCUGCAGCAAAUACAAGAUGGUUGUCACUUCAAGCUUGUGUCGACAGGAUAUUAGAGCAGUAUGAUGCAUUGAAAUUAUUUUUUACGGGGGCAGUUUUUGAGGAUCCCUCUAAUACAAAUGAUUCCAUCUUGAACAGUCUUAACAACCCAUUUAAUAAAGCUUUAUUACACUUCAUGAGUUACGUCUUCUCUAUAACUAACGAUUUUAAUACAUUUUUUCAAACAAAAUCACCACAAUUAUUUAUACUGCCAGUGAUGGUUCGGAAAAUGUUGAACACUUUUUUGUGCAACUUUGUCAAAAAGGAGCACCUGAAUCUGAGCUCGGAUCUAAAGAGCCUUAAGCAAAUUGACGUCACUAAAACAGAAAUUCACCUCAAUAAUGAUCAUAUAUACGUUGGUAUGGAAGCACAUGCGAUACUUGAAGAUUUAAAGACAAAAGCCCCAAUAGAAGAAGUGAACAAAUUUUAUGCUAGUUGUCGUGAAUUUUAUGUGGAAAUAGUAUUGCAAAUCCAAAAGCGGUUCGACUUGAAUGAGAAACUUUUCGACAUAUUGAAGUAUGUGGAUCCAAAAAUAGCAAGAAAUCUGGAGAAACAAUCAGUGAAAGAUGUUUUUGAUAAAUUUAACUUUUUAACGACAAAAUGCAACAUGCAAAAAGCAGAUAACGAAUGGAGAAAUCAAGCUCUUAUAGACUUAAAGCAUUUUGGAGUUGAAAGCGAAGAAGAAUUAAAAAACAUGCCAGCUGACAUUUAUUGGAAUAAGGUUCUAAGCAUGAAAGAUUAUCAUGGUAAUUUCAUUUACGAAAAUCUUGAAGUAGUUAUUUCAGUUUUACUAGCAGUUCCAUCUUCAAAUACUGAGGUAGAAAGAUUAUUUAGUAUUCUAAAAAAUGUAAAAACAGAUAAAAGAAAUAGACUUUCUAACGAAACUCUGAACGGCUUGUUUCACACAAAGUUCGGAAUGCAAGCAAACAAUUGCUCAAUUUUAGAACCCAACAGUGCCAUGAUAAGUGCAGCAAAAUAUUACAAAAGUAAUGAUUCAGCUUCUAAAUCUUCUGUCUGA